AUGGCUAACAAAGGCAAAUAUUACAGAGCCAUCAAGCUGGGACAUAUUUACACUGCAACCCAGUAUACAAACACCAAAGAGAUGGUUAAGCAGGUGGGCAAGAGCAAGAUCAUCAGAAGCAGAAAUCAGAUGCAAAAGAUAAAAAUAGAAGAUGAAAUGACUGGCUUCAGGAAACAGCCUAUGGAAGGAGCCUGGUGUGCAAAGCAGUUACAGGACUCUCCGCCUCCCCGCCACCCCUGCCCCGCUGCGCGCUCCCCUUCCCCAAGGCGACCACCUGCGCCGCCCCACUUACCAUCUGCCCCGCGGGGAGGGCCCCCCGAGGUAGCGGAGCCCUCCCUGCUCCCGGGCGGCUCUGGGGGAGCUCGGUGUUUGCCUCCAGCCCUUCGCUACCGGAGAGAUCAGGUUCCUCCCCUCCUCCCCCUCCAGCUCCGGCCGCCGCCGCCGCCGCCGCCGCCUCCUUGCAUGACACAGCAGAACCGCAGCUGCUGCAGCAAGUCCCAACCAUCCGCCCAGGAAGCGCCGCAACCGGGAGUCGGGAGGGGCCGGGGCCGGGCAGAGGGGGGGGUGAGGGGGCGAGGGGUGGAGAGGGCGAGGGGCCUCCUUGCCCCCGACUUGGCGCUCCACACUCCCCUUCCCAGCUCCCAGGCUCGGGAAGAGGAUCCGGCUCCAAACCCAGCAGGCCGAGCCGUUGAGGAAUGCUGGGGCUUGGCAUCAGCAAGGGAUGGGACUGGGAGGAGCGGGGUGAAGACCCCAGCGGGGGGGGGCAGGACACUGAAGGGGAAGAAGGGGAAGAAGAGGCCACGAAGUCCGGGGCCAGUCUGUGAAGGAGAAUUAAGGAGGUCAAAGAGGUCGUAUCUUCCUACCUCACUUCCUGACACAAACAAGUUUUUACCGUUGUCAGCAACAAAGCCUUAAUAUAGCUGCGGAAGAGAAAAACUGCAUUGCAUUUUGCCUCCUGCAAGCAUCAUCCACAGUUACCGGAGGAAUGUAAUUCCAGAGAGCUUUAAAGCUGGUGGUGAGGGUAAUUAUGUAUCAGAUGCCUGAUUCUAUUUCUGCUAUUAUUGUUUUGUCAUUUCUGUUCACCCCAGUGCUGGCUGAACUCGUCGAGGGACAAAUCCGGUUUUCUUUUUUGACUCUGUAAAAUCUAAUGAGACCUGAUAAGAAAACUCAUUGCUUUUGGGGGAAAAUAAAGUAGGAGCCACGAAAUGUCAUUUUCACAGAGCGUGGGUUUGGUGACUGUAGGGAAGGAUUUCAGGACGCUCCUUCUGUUCGCUUUUCCUAUGUAAUGAGCAAAAAAAGGCUUCACGCACGCACCGACGCCACAGCGCCCGGAUGCUCUGCUCCCCGAUCUGGGUUUCUGCUGCGCCAGAAGCCCCUCCGGGAUGCUGCGAGGGGCGCCCGGUGGGUGGUGGUACCGACGCUGCGGCCGCCGCCAGUCCUGCUGCUGCUGCUGCUGUUGCUGCUGCAGUCACGUGGGAGCCCCUUUAAGUUUCCAUAGAGAGGCCUCUCCGGUGUCACAUGAUGGACAUGAUAUAAUGAAACAACAUUGUGGAGAGGAAAGCAUUAGGGGAGCCCACGGCUACAAAAACAAGUGAGUGAGAAGAGGUGGGAGGAAGAGAAACUACGCCACCUCCCCUGCAGCCGAGCCGGCGCGCAGCAGCGAGCGGGCCGAGCAGAAGUGGGCGACGCCGGAGGGGA